AAGUCCUAAAAAUGUGCUAGCCGUUACCAUCAACCUAAAUAUUUUUAGAGUGGUGAAAUGGCGCCAAGGUUAAAUGAUGCAGCAGCAGAACCUUUUUGAGCUAAAUCAGCGGUGACCAUGUUUAUGACAGCAAUGAUACAAACGCGGAACAAGCUACUGCAUCAUAAUCCAAAUCCCACUUUUGGUUUCACCACAUUUGCAGCUUCUAUUUUUCAGUCUUUCUCAAAUCACUCUGCUUACAGAACAAAAGACAUAUCUUUCCCUCCAACCCAAGAACCAGUAUUUCAAUUCAAGGACUCCACUAAUCUCUUGAAUAACAAUACAAAUCCUAUCUUUCCAUCAACCCAUUUGGGAGCCGCAGUUUUACCUGAAAAGCCAGCAUAUUCUGUUCCUACAGUUUCAGACAAAUGCGAAUAUCUAGUGCAAAAAUACCUGCUUUCUUUUUCUGAACACGAUGCCCAUAGACUCCAUUUGGAUAUUAUAAAAUAUGGGGCUGUUAAAGAUUUGUAUUUGUGCAACACCCUUAUUAAUUUGUAUGUGAAAAAUGCUGAUUUGAUCUCUGCUCAUGAUGUGUUCGAUGAAAUGCCGAACAGAAAUCUAGUUACUUGGGCAUGCUUGAUUACGGGUUAUUCUCAAAAUGGGAUGCCUGAUGAGGCAUGUCGAGUUUUCCAAGAAAUGGUUUCGUCGAGGUUUAUUCCUAACCAUUAUGCUUGUGGUAGUGCUUUGAGGUCUUGUCAGGGUUUAGGUGCUUGUGGGUUGAGAUUGGGGAUGCAAAUUCAUGGUUUGCUUUUGAAAACAGGACAUGCUUCUAAUGAAGUUGUUUCCAAUGUCUUGAUCUCGAUGUACGGAAGUUGUGCAGGUAAUGGUGAUUAUGCUUGGCGUGUUUUUGAAGAGAUAGAGAAUAAGAAUUCAGUAUCUUGCAAUUCUAUUAUCUCAGUUUACUCUCAGCGAGGUGCAAUUUCUGCCUUUGAGCUCUUCUCUUAUAUGCAAAAAGAGGAUUUGGGGUUUACUUUUAAACCAACUGAGUUCACUUUUGGCAGCUUAAUUACUACUGCUGCUAAUCAUGUUAAUUGUGGUUUGCUUUUACUGGAGCAGCUUCUGGCAAACAUUGAAAAGUCUGGACUCUUGGAAGACUUGUAUGUAGGCAGUGCUCUGCUCAGUGGUUUUGGAAGAUUUGGGUCACUUGAUACAGCAAUGAAGGUUUUUAAACGGAUGGGUGCAAGGAAUGCAGUUUCCUUGAAUGGGCUCAUGGUCGGAUUGGUGAGACUUGGUCAGGGAGAAGACGCAGCUAAGGUAUUCAUGGAGAUGAGAGACUUAGUUAAAAUCAAUUCUGAUUCCUUUGUUGUUCUUUUCAGUGCAUUUCCUGAAUUCUCUUCGUUUGAAGAAGGGAAAAUAAGAGGUAGAGAGCUACACGCAUAUGUUAUCCGAACUGGUUUGUGCAAUUCCAAGGCUGCUAUUGGAAAUGCUCUGAUUAAUAUGUAUUCUAAAUUUGGUGAAAUCCAAAUUGCCCAUUCUGUUUUCCAGAUCAUGGUUAAUAAGGAUUCAGUAUCAUGGAACUCUAUGAUCUCUGCUCUAGAUCAAAAUGAUUGUUUUGAAGAUGCAAUGUCGACAUUCCAAUCUAUGAGAAGAACAGGUUUGAUUGCUUCAAAUUACUCACUGAUAAGUACUUUGAGUUCUUGUGGAAGCCUGAAUUGGAUAAGAUUGGGGGAACAACUGCACAGUGAAGGGAUAAAGUUAGGACUUGAUUUUGAUGUUUCAGUGUCUAAUACUCUUCUUGCUUUAUAUGCUGAUACUGGACGUGUGGCUGAAUGCAAGAAAUUGUUUGCCUUGAUGCUAGAACAUGAUCAAGUUUCAUGGAAUACCAUUAUCGGUGCAUUAGGUGAUUCUGAGACAUCUAUUUCUGAAGCUAUAGAGUACUUCAUACAGAUGAUGUGUGCUGGAUGGAGUCCUAACAAUGUGACAUUUAUAAAUGUCCUUUCAGCAAUAUCAUCUCUUUCUCUUCUUGGUCUUGUUCGUCAAAUCCAUGCUCUGGUGCUAAAAUAUAGUGCAAUGGAUGCUAAUUCUAUUGAAAACACAUUUCUUGCCUGCUAUGGUAAGUGUGGGGAAAUGGAUUACUGUGAGAACAUAUUUUGUGGGAUGUCUAACAGGAAGGAUGAUGUGAGUUGGAAUUUAAUGAUCUCUGGAUAUUUACACAAUGAGAUCUUACCAAAAGCCAUGGACUUAGUCUGGCUUAUGCUGCACAAAGGUCAGAAAUUAGAUGGCUUCACAUUUGCCUCUGUUCUCAGUGCAUGUGCCUCAAUAGCAACAUUGGAGCAUGGCAUGGAAGUUCAUGCUUGUGCAAUUAGAGCCUGUUUGGAAUCUGACAUUGUUGUUGGGAGUGCUCUUGUUGACAUGUAUGCCAAAUGUGGAAGAAUAGAUUAUGCUUCAAGGUUUUUUGAUUUAAUGCCUGUACGUAAUAUAUAUUCAUGGAACUCGAUGAUAUCUGGUUAUGCACGGCAUGGACAUGGACAUAAAGCACUGGAUCUUUUUACAAAAAUGAAGCUGGAUGGUCAAACACCUGACCAUGUCACAUUUGUUGGUGUCUUAUCAGCUUGUAGCCACGUGGGAUUCGUCGAGCAGGGCAUGGACUACUUUGAUUCCAUGAGCAAACAAUAUGGUCUGACACCUCGGAUUGAACAUUUCUCAUGCAUGGUUGAUAUCCUGGGACGAGCAGGACAGAUGAAUAAAUUGGAGGACUUCAUCAAUAAAAUGCCAUUAAAGCCCAAUGCACUUAUCUGGAGGACUGUGCUUGGAGCCUGUGGUCGAGCAAGCACUCGUAAAACAGAUCUAGGUAGGAAGGCUGCUCACAUGCUCUUAGAGUUGGAACCUCAUAAUGCUGUGAAUUAUGUGCUUCUUGCAAAUAUGUAUGCUUCAGGAGGGAAGUGGGAGGAUGUGGCAGAGGCUCGGCGUGCAAUGCGAGAAGCAACGGUAAGGAAAGAAGCUGGAUGCAGCUGGGUUAGCAUGAGAGAUGGUGUUCAUGUUUUUGUAGCUGGUGAUCAAUCACAUCCAGAUAAACAUGCAAUUUAUGAAAAACUUAAGGAACUGCACAAGAGGAUUAGGGAUGCAGGGUAUGUACCACAGAUUAAAUAUGCCUUGUAUGAUCUUGAACUGGAGAAUAAGGAAGAACUCCUCAGCUACCAUAGUGAAAGACUUGCAGUUGCCUUUGUUCUUACACGGACAUCAGAUAUGCCAAUAAGAAUAAUGAAAAACCUUCGAGUUUGUGGGGACUGUCACUCUGCCUUCAGAUACAUAUCACAAGUUGUUGGUAGACAAAUAGUAUUACGAGACUCCAACAGAUUUCAUCAUUUUGCUGAUGGAAAGUGUUCAUGUAACGAUUACUGGUGACAUAUUAAAUGCUGUCUAACUGAAGAAAGGGAUGUUACUUAAUGAGGCAUUAACAGACAAAGCAAUGGAAAAGGUUCAAGCAUUUCAUGUCUGAAGUAUAGGGAGAGAGGCAGUUAGUUUGCAAGGGUGUUGCAUCAAGUAUUCUGGUGAGGAUCUCAACAUGAAUUUAGUAAAGCGUGCCAUAAUCUUGGUGUGGUUUGAAUUACUUUCCAUAUUUCUUUAUCAUUUCAUGACAUGAAUCGGCUAGAAUGACAGCAAAUGACACCAUGAAAUCAAAGGAGUAUGGUGAAUGUAAGGAGAGUUAAGAAUAUUAAACCCAAUAUUAUCCUGUAUCCAAGUUGUUGGUAGACAAAUAGUAUUAUGAGACUCCUGCAGAUUUCAUCAUUUUGUGCACUUUCUUAGUGGUCAAUGAAGGUGGAAGGGACCCAUGGGAAACUGGGGUUCAGAACUUCAAAUCCCAUCAGAGAAGAAAAAUUGUUAGGUGAUUUCUUCCCAUCUGUCUAAGUUUGGUGGACAAAGUUACCCAUGUACAUGUAUUGGUGGGAAGCAGCAGGUACCAAGUACAACUAAUAUGCCUCAGUCCCAAACAAGUUGGGGUUGGCACCACCAUUAUUGGAAAAACAGAUUAAUUUUUUUGCUGAUGGAAAGUGUUCUUGUGAUAAAUGUUGGUGAUAGAUCAAAUGCUGUCUAACUUAGAGAAAGGGAUGUUGCUUAAUGCCGAAUUUGGAAACAGAGAAGCAAUGGGAAGGGCUCAGCAUGUCAUGUAUGAAAUAUGGGAAAGGAAGCAUUUAGUUUUAAGGGUUGAAUUAAUAUUCAUGUGGUGACCUCAAUCUGAAGUUACUAAAAUGUACCAUACUCCUGGUGUUUGAUCGAUUACUUGCCAUAUUGUCAUAUUUCGUUGAUAUUUUAUGGCUUGAAUUGGUUAGAGUGAAAGCAAAUGACAACAUGAAAUCAAAGUUGACUGUGUAGGAGAAACUGUAUCAGAGGUGCUCUUGCACAAUAAAGGACUUUUGGUUUUGCAGGAGGAUUUCGUUGUGCAGACUCCACAGAUCAGGUGAAGUCCAAUCUUCGAUCUCUAAGGAACUCAUCCUUCAGUUGAGUGGUUCAUGGGAAGGGUUGUCUUGCGUGCUAGCUGAGCACACACCCAUGGUACUCCAUAGAUACAGGGUGAGAAUACAGCUGCCAACUCGAGGAAGAAGUUAACAGCAGUUUGACCAAAAGAUGUUCAACAUAACUAAUCAAGUUCUAAAACUAACUUGAUGAUCAAGGGCAGUACUGAGUCCUCUUGUUCGGGCUGCAAGUAGCUACAACUAAUGUUACAUUAUAGAUGGACACAAUAACAUGCAGUAUUAUGAACAACAUUGUCGAUCAUAUGGAAAUGGAAUAAAGAAGAUGUAGGUUCCUUCAAUACCGAGACAGAUUCUUUAUCAGGAUUACUUUACAGAAUGAUGAAUGAGUUGGUUGGAAUCUCCCUAGGAAAAUCAUGUUUUGGCUAAGAGAAGAAUUUUGUCAGUGUUUAUGAUCAGUAUUAGACUCUUGACAUUUUUGAAGUUGAUUACAUGGGACAAGACAGGUUUAAUCAUUUUACCAGCAUCUUGUCCUUGUUCUUUUUUUGAAUUAACAUGGGUUAUGAAAGUGAUGGUAGCUCUAUAAAAGUACAAUUUGCAAUCAUCUUGCUAAGUUGGUUGGAGGUCGCAAUGAUGAAUCCAGCAUUCCCUUGGGUAAGAAUCUGAAAAAGUUCAGUACCAAGUUCUUAACUAUUUCACAGAAGCGAAACACCAGAAGACAAGCCUACCGGGACAAAGUAUCUCAGAGAAAUGACUUUAUUUCUUGGAUACAAUUGGAACAUUUUUCAUCCUUCACCCCUUGUUCAUUUUAAGAAUUGAAAUUGAGACAGAUUAUGUGCAGUUAUUUACAUGACUUGUAUGAAUACUUUGCAUAUAUAUUUUGUAUUUCUGUUACUAAUAUAAGUUUGUGAAAGUCCCUGUUAACUCUUGAGAUGAAUGGUCAUUUGGAGUUGUAGAUUAACUUUACUUCGUAUCAUCGCAUAUGUACUGUAUUACAUUAGCAACAAGUGAUUCUUAACAAAAGGUGAUCAACUGGGGGCAUUUUCCUCCGGCUUGAGUGUCCAUUUUCUUCAGAUCAAGUGCAGAUAUAAUGAAUAGUCAUCGACUUCCAGGGAAGAAUAGAAGAAUGGGACCUGUUAUUGGACAUACAAUGCAUUACAGACGUGUGA